UGGGCUGCUGGCAGAAUAACCAGACUGUCUCAGGUCCAGCAUCAAACCAUCAACAGUUGUGUGUGCAGGACUGUGAAGAUGACUGUCAUCGCUGUGGCGGCUGACAGUAAAAGCGUGUUUCCAUCACCCUGCCAAAUCCUGAAGACUCCUUGCUCCAGUCUAUUCUCUGGGUCGGUGUACCAUGGGCUGUUGCAGACUAGUGUCACAACAGCAAUUGGAACUAUGCAGAUCAUGGUGGGCCUGUUCAACAUCGGACUGGGGCCUGGACGAACCAGCACAAAUCCUGGAGAUUUGACCAGCUUAGGUGCUGCGUACUGGCUGGGUGCUGUGUUCAUCCUAACUGGAAUCAUGUCCAUUGUGGCCGGACAGUUCCCUUCUUCCUGCUUGAUGGGCUUCACUGUCUUUAUGAACAGUGUUGGAGCGAUCUUUGCAAUUACUGGCAUUGUGCUGUAUGCCUUGGACCUGGGAAAUGCCUCUCUACUCUGGAUGUGUGAGAGCAGCAGCAACAAUGCUGAUCAAAUUGGUGACAACUGCAGAAAAGUUGCACUAUUUGGCCAGACUGUGUUGACAUCCAUGGACAACACGCUGAUCGCCAUGGCUGCUCUUCAGCUCUUUGUCAGUAUAAGAUAUGCUAUUCUGGGCAUCAAGUAUCUGAGCAGUGACAUGUACAAGGAAGAGGAGAUGACCAUCGCUUCUUUCAAAGACAAAGGAGUGACUGUGGCGGCUGUGACGGCUGACAGUAAGAGCAUGUUACCGCCGCUGUGUCAGAUCCUCAAGUCUCUUUGCUACAGUCCCAUGUGCUGCUCAGUGUACAAGGGGCUGAUUCAGACCAAUGUGACUGCAGCUCUUGGGACUAUACAGAUCAUGGUGGGCCUGUUCAACAUUGGACUGGUGCCAGGACGAACAUACAUGUAUCCCAAGGAUCUGACCAGUCCGGGAGUUGCUUACUGGCUGGGUGCUGUGUUCAUCAUAGCUGGAAUCAUGUCCAUUCUUGCCGGCAGGUUCUCCUCCAUUUGCUUGGUGGGCUUUGCUGUGUUUGUGAACAUAGUUGGAUUGAUCUUCGCCAUUGUUGGCAUUGCGCUGAAUGCCAAAGACCUGGCAGAUGCCCCUGCCAUCAGGAUGUGUGACCUGUACAUUGGUCGCAGUUACUAUGGCGAGUGCGAAAAUGUGGCAUAUUAUGUGCAGCGCUUGUUGACAACCAUGGACAUUACUAUGAUCGUCCUGGCUGUUCUUCAGCUGUGUGUCUGCAUCAGCUUUGCUGUUCUGGGCAUCAAUGCUGUGGUCAACAGACAGAAGGAAGAGGGUGAUGUUGACGAUCAGCAGCAACAAUUGAAUGCAGUCCUCCUGACCAAUCCUUGUGCCUAAAAUCAAUCCAACUAAGCACAUGGAAGCAUGACUAUGAGGCAUUUUAAUACUUGUGCUUUUACACUCACUUUCUGAAAGUAAUCAAACUGAUUUAUAUCACAUAAGGACACAUUUUUCUGUGUUUAGGUUUGUUCUUUCUGCUUGUCAAUAACGUUUUGAAGUAAACUUGAUUCAAUAAAACAUUCAAAAUGCUAAAAAAAUACCCUUA